AUGCAUAGGAAAGAUCGUUACACAAAAAAACCAAAAUUAGGAAUAGGAUGUCAGCAACCUCAAACGGCUCCACCUCUGGCUUCGGCUUCCCACCGCGAUGACUCUCAUAUUCUCCCGGACAGUGGUGAUAGGUUCGCUGGAACUUCACGCCCAUUCCUCCCGCCGCGUAGUGUACCAAGGCCUACUACACAAACGAGCACAAAUAACAUUCAAAACUCGGAGCCAGGCCACGUAAACUUGGCAGCUAAUGCAAAUGAUGUAGAUUCUCUUGAUCAAGAAGCUGAUGACCCCUUGGUUGAUACUAGUGCUCAGAGUCGCAAAGGACGCAAGACUACAGAGUUUUGGGCAGUUAAGAUCAUCGAUUCCGACGGCACAAUCAAGUCGGUAAAACUAAUCGUGAGGGAGGCUAUGAAACGGCCUAAUGGUAGAAAGAUCGUGCUUAGGUUCAACAAUACAAAGCAAGCAAUUGGAGACGAAACUGGACUAUUGAAUGGCGUGCUUGUUAAUGAAGGAACUAUUAAGAAAAAUAUUUUGAAAAGUAUGGAAAAUGCUUGGAAGGAAACAAGGCUGAGGUUGUAUAAUGAUUGUUAUGAGCCAACAUUCACGAUUGAACAAAACAUUGAGCGUCGUCCGCCGGGAAUUGAUCGAGAGCAUUGGAGAUGGUUCCUUGACUAUUGCGCCAAAGCUGAGACGAAGGAGAAAUGCAGAAAAAACGCGAUUAAUCGAUCAAAACAACUAUAUACCCACACUGGCGGUUCGAAAAGCUUUGCACGGAAGAUGGAAAAAGAGGAAAAAAUUGAGGAGAUUGAGCAACAUGAUGAGUCUUCUAGAGUGUUGUCUCAAAAUGAUUCCAUUGCUCAGGUUUUCGGAAAAGAAAAACUUGGUGGAGUACGUGGUGUGAGUUUCGGACUGACUCCUAGUUAA